AUGCUUUGCCACGACAUCGACGAGGAGACCCUGCACCUGGUCAUCCAGAUGCAGCUCGAAGAUCUAGAACAUAUGAAGAAUUGCAGAAAGGGCAAGCAGAAAGAAGGUAGUCUUCCUGACUCGGAUUUCGCCUUCAAAACCUACCAGUCUGAGCUCAAGACAUGUGAGCAACGAGUAUCGGACAGGACCAUGAGCCAGAGCAUCCAAAAGGCCACCCGUACAGAUGGUAAACUUGUGACAGUGUUCGCUGCACAGGAGAGGCAAGCUGAGCGCGACAGAGAGAUGGCACUCCGCCUUAGCCGCGGCGAGACAGUCAACCAGAACUCCUUUCAGACUUCUACUAAUUCAAAGACAACUUCCCCAGACCAAGACGAGUCCGACUCAGACGCCGACAUGCUUCGCAAGCUUCAGCAGCUCUACGUAUCUGCAGACGCCGACGAUGACGAUACUCUGGACCAGCCAGAGUCGUCCUCCUGGGCAGCUUCUCGAAGCGACAUGAAUGGCACCGCGAAGCCCGUCGAGGUAGCGAAGGAACCUUGCAUCAGCUGUCAGGACAGGUUCUCCGUCACUAACCUUUCCCACUGUCCUUGUAGCCACCUCUACUGCCAUGACUGCCUCCGAAAUUUGUUUGAAGCAUGCCUCACAGACGAAUCUCUAUUCCCGGCACGUUGUUGCGGCCAACGAAUCCCGGUUGACGACCAACGCCCCGUCCUCGGCUCUAAGCUCGUGGGCCAGUUCCGUGCCAAGGAGGUCGAGUUCUCAACCUUAAACCGCACGUACUGCCACCAACCCACUUGUUCUACCUUCGUACCCGUGGAGUUUAUCAAGAACGACGUCGCGACGUGCCCACAAUGCUACUACAGAACAUGUACUAUGUGUAAGGGCGCAGAACACCGGGGCGAUGAGUGUGGCCAGGACACCGCGACCCAGAUCAUCCUACAGUUGGCGGCCGAGAACGGAUGGCAGCGGUGCUUCUCCUGCCGGCGCGUCGUGGAGCUCGAGCAUGGCUGCAACCACAUGAGUUCAACCGUCUUUAACAGGGCAAACUUCCAACCCGCGUUCAUCAUCUCCAAGAAUCUCGAUGUCGGAGCGGAGCUCGAACAAUACAGGGCUAUGUUUACUCUGCAGACCGGUUAUCCACACCGCUGGAGUAAGGAGACGAGCCAGAAGACCACGUUGGCUGCACUUAUCCUGCUAUAG